GCGCCGCGAAGGGUUAAUUUUUUUUCCUCUCGGUUUCUUAAUAAAUCAAUCAACCUCCGUGUUGAAUGUGUGUCAGCCCUCAGACAGCUCUCAGAGACAGCUGAUCAGACACGGACGGCUCUUAUGAUGGGCUCAAAGCGCCGGAGAGCCACUUCUCCGUCUAGCAGUGUGAGUGGAGGAGAUUUUGAGGACAGCCAAUCCACAUCCAUAUCUUCAACCAGUCGGAAGAGAAGAAGAAUCGCUAACAUCCCCACCGUUGACCCUAUUGCGGUGUGUCAUGAGUUGUACAACACUAUCAGAGACUAUAAGGAUGACCAGGGCCGGAUGCUGUGUGAACUCUUCAUCAGAGCACCAAAGAGAAGGAAUCAGCCAGAUUACUAUGACGUGGUGUCGCAGCCCAUUGACAUGAUGAAGAUCCAGCAGAAGCUGAAGAUGGAGGAGUACGACGAUGUUGAGCAGCUCACAAGCGACUUUCAGCUCUUAUUCAAUAAUGCCAAGACAUACUACAAACCAGAAACUCCAGAAUACAGAGCAGCUUGUAAACUGUGGGAUCUGUAUAUUCGUACCAAAAACGAGUUUGUGCAGCGAGGAGACUACGAUGAAGAUGAUGAUGAUGACGACCCACAGGAGAACCCUGGAGGAGCCACAGAGGAGGAGUCUAUGUCGAGCCUUAAGGAAGUUCUUGGGAUGCUUCUGGAUGCUGUGUUGACCUACACUGAACACGGCCGCCUUAUUAGCGAACUUUUCCAGAGACUUCCCUCUAAAAUGCAAUAUCCAGAUUAUUAUGCUAUUAUUAAAGAACCAAUCGAUCUGAAGAGCAUUGCACACCGAAUUCAGAUGUGCUACUAUAAAAGUGUAAACCAUAUGGCUAAAGACAUUGACUUGUUAGCCAAAAAUGCCAAAACCUACAAUGAACCCGGAUCACAAGUGUUUAAAGAUGCGAACACGAUCAAGAAGGUCUUUGCACAGAAAAAACUGGAGCUCGAACAUUCUGAACCUAUUAAAUGCAGCAUCAGGAUCAGGAACAGAAGGUUUGCACAUGGAGACAGACUCUCCUGCAUCACUACAGCUUUACAGUACGGCUCAGAGAGUGAAGAGGACGCCAUACUGACCGGCUCUGUUCAUUACGAUGAGGUGGAGUCAGAGGCCGAGAGCAUCCACUCCAGCAUGGACAUGAGUAACCCAAUCUUCCAGAUGUAUGAGGCGGUGCGGGGCGUCAGGAACAGUCAGGGGCAGCUCUUAGCCGAGCCCUUCUUCCAGCUGCCGUCCCGGAAAGACUAUCCUGACUACUUCCAGCAGAUCAGCCAUCCAGUCUCGCUCCAGCAGAUACGGAGUAAGAUGAAGAAUAAUGAGUAUGAAAGUGUGGAGCAGAUCGACACAGACCUGAACAGGAUGUUCGAGAACGCCAAGCGCUACAACGUUCCCAGUUCUCAAAUCUACAAACGGGUGCUGAAGUUGCAGCACAUUUUGCAGAUGAAGAGAAAAGAGCUGACGAGGAGAGAUGAUGAAGAUGGUGACAGUAGGCUCUCAUCUACUCUGUCUGACGGCGGCAGCAUCAAGCGCAAAAGCCAUAAGAAGAACACGAAGAAGAACCGCAUGAAGGCUCUAUUUGCUGCUGUGGUAGAGACUCGAGAGAUGGGCACUGGCCGGAGACUCUGCGACCUCUUCAUGGUCAAACCCUCCAAAAAAGACUAUCCAGACUACUACAAGAUCAUCCUGGAGCCAAUGGACAUGAGGAUCAUAGACCACAACAUCCGCUCGGACAAGUACCCCAACGAGGAUUCCAUGAUGGAGGACAUGAAGCUGAUGUUUCGUAACGCACGCCACUACAACGAAGAAGGCUCUCGAGUUUACAAUGAUGCCAACAUUCUGGAGAAGAUAUUACGAGAAAAACGGAAGGAGCUCGGACCCCCGCCGGACGACGACGAGAUCGUUUCACCCAAGCUAAAAAUUAGGAAGAGUGGCAUCUCCCCAAAAAAGUCCAAGUAUUUGACCCCUCUGCAACAGAAGCUCAAUGAACUCUAUGAAGCCGUAAAGAACUACACCGACAAGCGCGGACGGCGUCUGAGCACAAUCUUCCUCCGUCUCCCAUCCCGCGCAGAGCUUCCAGAUUACUACGUGGCCAUCAAGAAACCCAUAGACAUGGAGAAGAUUAAGAGCCACAUGCUGGCCAAUAAAUACCAGGACGUGGACGCUCUGGUGGAAGACCUGGUGCUGAUGUUCAACAACGCCUGCACCUACAACGAACCCGAAUCGCUGAUCUACAAAGAUGCGUUGGUGCUUCACAAAGUGCUAUUGGAGACCAGGAGAGACCUGGAAGGGGGCGACGACGCUCAUGUCCCGGAUGUUGCGCGGCUCAUCCAGGAGCUUGUUCGCAAUCUUUUCGUGUCAGUUCUCGGUCACCAAGAUGACGAGGGACGAUGUUAUAGCGAUUCACUAGCCGAGAUUCCAGCGGUCGAUCCCAACUACUCUGAUAAAACGCCGUUGAACUUUGAGAUCAUCAGAGGGAAUGUGGAUAAGGGCCGUUACAGGAGACUAGAUGUGUUCCAGGACCAAAUGUUUGAAGUCUUGGAGAAAGCCAGACGCCUGCACAGGACGGACUCUGAGAUCUUUGAGGACUCAGUGGAGCUCCAGCAGUUCUUCAUCCGCAUCAGAGACGAGCUGUGUAAGAACGGAGAGAUCCUGCUCACGCCGGCCCUCAGUUACACCAUUAAACAUCUGCACAGCGACGUGGAGAAGGAGAAGAAGGAGAAGCUGCCCAAGGAGUAUGAGGAGGACAAACUCAAGAGAGAGGAGGAGAAGAAAGAGGCAGAAAAGAGCGAGGAUACGGCAGGCGGAGGAUGGCAGGGAGCACUUCAGCGCAACUACAGCCAGGACUGCAGCUUUAAGGACAACAUGUACCAUGUGGGCGACUAUGUGUAUGUGGAGCCCACCGAACCAAACCUGCAGCCACACAUUGUCUGCAUAGAGCGCCUCUGGCAGGACGAUGCAGGAGAGAACUGGCUUUAUGGCUGCUGGUUCUACAGACCCAAUGAAACAUUUCAUCUCGCUACUCGCAAGUUCCUCGAGAAAGAAGUUUUCAAAAGCGACUAUUACAACAAAAUCCCCGUCAGUAAAAUCCUGGGCAAAUGCGUCGUCAUGUUUGUGAAGGAGUAUUUCAAACUUCAGCCUGACAGCUUUCGACCUGAAGAUGUUUUCGUCUGCGAGUCUCGUUAUUCUGCUAAAACCAAGUCCUUCAAAAAGAUCAAGAUGUGGACGAUGCCGCUGAGCUCGGUGAAGUUUGUUCCUCGUGAAGUGCCUUUGCCGGUGGUUCGCGUGGCCUCCAUGUUUGCACCCAAACAGGAAAGUGAAAAGCCUCCUGAAGUCACCGAAGACGACAAGGCUUUACCAUCCGUGAUUGAAAAGGAGAAAGAGGACAUCACUUUGGAGGUGAAUAAUGGAGAGCCGGGGUGCCAGUAUUAUGAGCAGCUCUGCUACAACAACAUCUGGCUGAAAGUGGGAGAUUGUGUCUACAUUCGCUCUCAUGGGCUCGUACGUAACCGCGUGGGCAGGAUAGAGAAGAUGUGGGUGCGAGACGGAGCUGCCUAUUUUUUCGGGCCCAUCUUUAUUCAUCCCGAGGAGACCGAGCACGAACCAACCAAGAUGUUCUACAAGAAGGAAGUGUUUCUCAGUAACCUGGAAGAAUCGUGCCCUAUGACCUGUAUCGGAGGGAAGUGUACAGUGUCUUCUUUCAAAGAUUUCCUGUCAUGCCGGCCGACUGAGAUGCCGGAGGAGGAUGUGUUGCUGUGUGAGAGCCGCUACAUGGAGAGCGAGAAGCAAAUGAAGAAGUUUAAAGGGCUGAAGCGUUUCUCUCUGUCCGCCAAAGUAGUGGAAGAUGAAAUCUAUUACUUCAGAAAGCUUAUCGUGCCUCAGAAGGAGCCGUCUCCACUGCUGGAUAAGAAGAUUGAAGAGUUGGAGGCCAAGUUUGCGGACAUGACGGAUGAAGAGCUGGAUGACUUGGGUGAUGAUGAUGGAGACGGGUCUGAUGCUCACUGUAUGCCGCAGUUACAGACGCAGCUGAGCGGAGACAUGGACAUGCUGCAUUACGCUCCACAGCAGUCUGUGCCAAAAUCGAUUAAGGGUCUGUCGAAGAAGGAGGGUGCGAAGAGGAAGAUCAACAUGAGUGGCUACAUCCUCUUCAGCAGUGAGAUGAGAGCCGUCAUCAAGGCCCAGCACCCAGACUUCUCCUUCGGGGAGCUCAGCCGACUGGUGGGCACCGAGUGGAGGAACCUGGAGGCCACGAAGAAAGCUGAAUAUGAAGAGCGAGCAGCUAAAGUGGCGGAGCAGCAGGAGCGGGACAGAGCGCACCAGGGCUCCCCCAGAGCAGGCAUGCUGGGUAGUUUCAGGCCACCCAUGUUCACUUGUCAGGGGCCUGGCAUGAUUAACAUGCCUCCACAUCCUAUGGGACUGCCUGCCUUACCCCUAAACUUCCCGUGGGGUUUGCCUGGCAUGCCGUUUCAUGGUAUGAAUGGCAUGGCUCCAGGUUCAACAGGAAGUGCUUACGGGACUCAGAUGGGUGGGAUGAACUCAGGCCAGCAGGCUCCUCCACCGUACCCAGGACAGGGUCAGGUUGGUCAGCCAGCUCACCAACAGCCCUCCACCCCCAUGUUUGUGGCUCCUCCACCCAAACCCCAGCGGCUGCUGCAUUCAGAGGCCUACCUGAAGUAUAUAGAAGGACUCAGCGCUGACUCCACUACUGUCAGCAAGUGGGACCAAACACUCUCUGCUCGCAGGAAAGAUUUACGGCUGACGAAAGAGCAGGAGAGUCGUCUGCCGUCUCAUUGGCUGAAGAGUAAAGGAGCUCAUAAGACCAUGGCGGACGCUCUGUGGCGACUGCGAGACCUGAUGCUGCGAGACACACUAAACAUCCAACACACCUACAACCUCCACAACAUCUGAAGCAUUCCCCCCCGACGAGCCCCUCUGUAGUGUUCUCAUGUUGUGAUUGGAUAACGUUCUGUCUAGGGUUUUGUAAUGCUCUAUUUCGUCUGUUGGCUUUGUUAGUGUCGAUGUUUCUUGAUAGCACUUUCAAUUGGCUGAUUUUGUAUGUUGGCUAUUAAAUGUUCUUAGACCAAUUUAAACAUUUUCAUAAAAUGUUUGACCGUAAUGUUUGUGCGUUGUACUUUGUGACGGGAUUUGUUGUGAAAGAAUGUACGAGAUGGCCGUUUUUUUGGUCUUGGUCUUGGUUCAUAAAGUGGUAUAUGACACAAAGUUAUAAGCCUAUUUUUCAUAUCAUCUCUGUUGUUUCAGCUAUAAUCAUUUUGGAAUGGACGCCAUCUGUCUGUUGUUUCAAUA